GGCGCGCACUCUCCCCGCCUGUGUGGAGCUCGGCCGCAGCAGACAAGGCGGUGGCGGCGGCGGCACGGCCUGCGGUGGCCCCGGGAGCGGCAACAUGAGUGGGUCACAGAACGAUGACAAAAGGCAAUUCCUGCUGGAGCGAUUGCUGGAUGCAGUAAAGCAGUGCCAGAUUCGCUUUGGAGGGAGAAAGGAGAUCGCUUCAGACUCUGACAGCAGGGUGACCUGUCUGUGUGCCCAGUUUGAAGCUGUCCUUCAGCAUGGCAUGAAGAGGAGCCGAGGAUUAGCGCUGACGGCAGCAGCCAUCAAGCAGGCGGCAGGCUUUGCCAGCAAAACUGAGACAGAGCCCGUGUUCUGGUUCUACGUGAAGGAGGUCCUCAACAAGCACGAGCUGCAACGUUUCUACUCCCUACAUCACAUCACUGCAGAUGUGGGCCGAGGUCGGGCCUGGCUGCGCUGCGCCCUCAACGAGCAUUCCCUGGAGCGCUACCUGCACAUGCUCCUGGCCGACCGUGCCAGGCUCAGCACAUUCUAUGAAGACUGGUCUUUUGUGAUGGAUGAAGAAAGGUCCAGCAUGCUCCCUACCAUGGCAGCUGGUCUGAACUGUAUACUCUUUGCAAUUAACAUUGACAACAGGGAUUUGAAUGGGCAGAGCAAGUUUGCUCCCACUGUCUCUGACCUCUUAAAGGAGUCAACGCAGAAUGUGACAUCCUUGCUGAAGGAGUCCACGCAGGGUAUGAGCAGCCUUCUCAGGGAGAUCACAGCAUCCUCUGCUGUCUCUAUUCUCAUCAAGCCAGAGCAAGACACUGACCCUCUGCCUGUCAUAUCCAAGAACGUCAAUGUUGCUUGUCUUUUGCCGGAUGCCAGAUGUAAAAGGGAGAGGCGGAGGAGGAAGAAGGUGACCAACAUUGUUUCUUUUGAUGACGACGAUGAUGAGCAGAGCAUUGGAGACACUUUAAAAAAGAUGCCUGGGACUGCAGAAAGCUCCUCCAUCAAUAUCAUGUCAACCUUUGAAAGCCCAUUUGGGCCAAAUUCCAAUGGGAGCCAGAGCAGCAAUUCAUGGAAACUUGAUUCUGCAUCUUUGAAUGGGGAGUUGGGCUACCAGAAGCUGGAUGUGAAAAGCAUCGAUGAUGAUGUGGAUGAAAAUGGGGAGGAUGUGUACAGGAACUCAGCAGGAAGGAAGCCCACGGGCCACUCGGAAAACAUAGAGAAGCCGCUGGAUGGGAACGUCUGCCUCCCCCAGGUCCAUGGCUGGGCCCCACUGCAGGUGCUCCAUGGAGAUGCUGAUGCUGACACUGAUGUCCUCUUUCCUGUCAGCGGAGUGGGCUCCUAUGUUGCAGCAGAUGCCCCCGUGGGAAGUCUGGAGAAUGGCACAGGACCAGAGGACCACGUGCUCCCAGAGCCUGGCCUUCGAUACAGUAUGGAAGCCAGUUCUCCCAGCCGAGAAAGUCCUCUGAGUAGCCUGUUACCAUCUGCCUCCAUGCCUGAAUCCAUGACAGUUC